AUGACUGUUGUCCACAAUGGAGAAGCAGCUGUACAUUCUUUAGAUACUGUCUCUGAUGUCAGAGUGCAGGGAUUAGAGGCCUGUGCCUCUCCUCCUGGCUACCACCCUGCUAAGCCCUUUUUCUCUUUCACUGUCAUAGCUGACUACAAGGAGAGCUUCAACACCAUUGGAAACAUUGAAGAGAUCGCGUACAAUGCUGUUUCCUUCACCUGGGAUGUGAAUGAAGAGGCAAAGAUUUUCAUCACAGUGAAUUGCUUGAGUACAGAUUUCUCCUCCCAGAAGGGCGUGAAAGGACUUCCUUUGAUGAUUCAGAUUGACACAUACAGUUACAAUAACCGCAGCAAUAAACCCGUCCACAGAGCGUACUGCCAGAUCAAGGUCUUCUGCGACAAGGUUCCUGCCUUGAGUUUUUCUCCCUCAGUGAUGGCCUGCACCUGUAAGAGGAAGUAA